GUGAUGAAGAGGUUAAGCCAGCCCCUCUUCUCUGCGCUCUCUCUGCUGCAGCUUUAUAUCACUCCCGCGUUGCCACCUCCAGCAGCUCCAAACUUUUACGCAGCGCAGCUCAGCUCAGACAUGGACUCAUCCAAACUUUGACUCCCAGCUCUUCUUCCUCCCGCUGAGGUCCCACAUGAGAAGCAGCGGCCGCAUGGAGAUCUAAUUUUUCUUUUUCUGUUUUCUGGCUUCAGUCUGUGGAGGUUGUUGUUGUUUUGCUGCUCCCUUUGGUUUUGGUUUUUAAUGGUCUGCUCAUGCGUCGGGAAUGCCAUGGCCACUCCGAGCGCACAGCAGCAGCACCAGGAUUAUUUCAGAUCGGUGAGCAGCGAGUCCACCACCUACAUGAUGGUCCCGGCCGGCGCCCCGAACGGGACGAGGCGCCGGGAAGCGCCGUCCAAGAUGUGGUUGGCGAUGGUGGUGAUAGUGGUGGUGGUGUUGCAGAUUGCCUCCACCACGGGGCUCUUUCUCUACCUGAACAUGUCCAUAUCGCAGGUGCGUAGCCAGGGCGUCACAGAGGAGCUGAAGUGUCUCAGUUUACUGAAUGCUCUGGAUAAAGACCAGGACAUCCCAGACCAGUUGGCCCAGCUCUUCGGAGAGCCUUGCAUCAAACUGGCUGAAGGCAUCAAAGCGUACAUCUCCAAGGUGACAGAGAACAUCAUCUCCAAACAAACCUUCAUAGAAGCGAGGACCAUGCCUCGCAAUUUCAACAACACAGGGACAAAGUUCAUGACCUCUGUGGCCCAGAGGCCAUCUGCCCACUUGACCCUCAGAGACACCGGCUCUCAAGGGUUCCCCCAGUAUCCGCUCCCCACGCCGGGUCUCCACCAGUCCUGCCGCCAUGUGGUGCGCACAUGGGCCAAUCAGAGCUUUGGCGCUCACCUGCACAACAUGACGCUGACAAACGGGAAACUGCGAGUGCCUCAGGACGGGCGCUACUACCUGUACUCACAGGUCUAUUUCCGUUAUCCAUCCCCAGCAGCCAGCGAUGGAGACCAGCGCAGCGUCAGCCACCAGCUGGUGCAGUGCGUCUACAAGAAAACCUCCUACCCAAGCCCCAUACAGCUCCUGAAGGGGGUUGGAACAAAGUGCUGGGCUCCAGACGCAGAGUACGCCCUCCACUCCGUCUACCAGGGAGGGCUGUUCGAGCUGAGGGCUGGCGACGAGCUCUUUGUCUCUGUCUCUUCCCCAACCAUGGUCAACGCAGAUGACUCCUCAAGCUACUUUGGUGCCUUCCGCCUGGACCUCUGAGAGGAAGGAAUGGAAAGGAGGAGAAAAAAAAGGAACAAAUGGGAUGAUGGAUUGAUAAAUGGGUGGGCAGGAGACUUUUGAAUAUCCGUUGAUUGGAAAAUGUGUCAUUUAGACAGAGCUGCGGGAUGUUUCCCCGAAUCCUCAAUGUUUGCUUGGACGGAUACACUGAAGGAUUGAGGUUUGAGGGCUUCGUUUGAGGGAACGCUUCAAGAUGACGCCGUGAAAGGGAAAAAGAAACAGUGGAUUUGUCGUCCUUACUCCCCAUAAAGCAAAACCUAACCACUGAGAACAAGAUAUACGAAGAUAUAAGUGCAAUCACGUGAAGAUAAAUGUGAGGAUAUCGAUUUUCUGUUGAUUCUUUGGGGAAGGGAAAUUGCAUUUUGGACGUCAAAAAGAGACGUAAACCACGGAAAAACAUUGAAAUCUUUGAGAAUCGCCCUCCCCAAAAAAAUAAAAUAAAAAUCAGGCCUCCCUGCUUUCUAUUAUCAUCACAACAUAAAUUAACACAUGAAUCUCAGUGUAUCCCGAACAGCCUUUUUGUGGGAAGACCCUCGGAUUUGGAUUCCAGACCGAAGAAUGUACACGCAAUAAAAACUCGAUCCUCUGCAUCGAAGAUGUGAGGACGGAUGGUGAAAUGGUAGAAGUAAAAACACACACAAAAAAAAAAAAAUCAAACCAAAGUCAAUGAUUUGUGGAAUAUAACUUUGUUUUUUAAAAGCGUGCCAUGAGAGUACUGUACAUAUGAACGAGCUGAGAAGAUUUAGAUGAUGAACUGUGGUGAUUGUAAUUCAUGUGUAUUUUACCUUGACUGGACUCAAAACCACUUGGAUUUUGCUGAGGACUAUCUACCCGCAACACUAGAACUGUGGAUUUCAUGCAAGGACAUUUGUAAUAGGAGGAUAAGGAUUGCUUUUUUUUUUAAAAGACUGUGAGAUGCAACAUAAAGUGCCUUUCGAA